AUGGGAAAGAAGAUGACGAAGAAGAAGAUACAAAACCUUCUCCAUCUUUCGACCAUUGUGGACGAUAAGCUGAUCCUUCUGAAUCAGUUCGUCCUCGUCCUUUCAUUGCAAACAUUUCUUUGUUACAAAGUCAUCGUCAUUAUUAUUCAUGCUGCUACUGUUGUUGCUGCUGGGGGGAGGAGGAGAUUCAAGGGCAGAUGUAUUAAGUACGAAAUCUUUCGUGUCGUGUAG